AUAUAUUCCAUUGUCCUCCUCUGCGGUCACACCAUGAAGACUGUACUGGCACUGUGCCUGCUGGCUCUCAGCCUCUCCACCUCUCACUGCCUGGAUUACAAGGCCCUGAACCAGUUCCGCGACAUGAUCCUGUGCGUGUUGCCUGACAGCGACCCUCUUCUGGACUACGCAGACUAUGGCUGCUACUGCGGGUUUGGAGGCUCUGGCACGCCUGUGGACGAGCUUGACAAGUGCUGCCAGGUACAUGACCAGUGCUACUCCGACGCCAUGCAGCACGAUGAGUGCUGGCCUGUGUUUGACAACCCCUACACAGAGUUCUACAGCUUCAGCUGUGACGCGGCCAACAGGAAGGUCUCCUGCCUCAGUGAUAAUACUGUGUGUGAGAUGUUCAUCUGUGAUUGCGACAGAGUGGCUGCUGAGUGUUUCGGCCGAUCUCCAUGGAACCCGGAGCACGAGCACCUGCCCAGCGACAGGUGCAAGUAAACUAAUACUUCAACAGUACUUCAGCAAUACUGGUAUCA